UACUACAGAGCACAACUGACUGCCUUCAGUGGCUGAACAACUGCAAUUUUAGUUCUCUCAGACCUUCUUCUACACACCAUGGAGAGCUGAUGGAGUUCCUUAGGACCCUGGUAAAAUCUGUUUACUAAAGACUUUAGUGUUUGGGGAAGUUGGUUAUAUGAUGGGUGGGCGGAGGGUUUUGAGGUUAAUUAGUUAUUUCAGUCCUGACUGUGAUGAUGAUAGUUCAGAAAUUUUAUUAUAGGGGUUAGUCCUAUUUUUAUGCCAUAGCAAGGGGUUAUGUUUCCUUUUGGCCCUGCCUUAAAUAGACAAACUUGGGACAAAAUCUUUUCAUGAUAACUACCACAUGUUCAGCACUGCUAGGACUUUUUUAUAAAAACGUUGGUAAAAAACAUCUGAAGUUACUGUCUACACAAGUCUGUUACUGUUACUGCUUGUUCUUUAGUUGUAUCAGUAUGAAUUUAACUUAGCUAAUACAGAUUGUUGUCCUUUUUGCAUUAUUUAAGCAUAACUUCCUGUCUACUUUUUCUAAUUAGAAAUGUGGGAGCUACAUCCUAGCAAGCUGUACAAUUAGGCGUAACCAGAAAUUAGAUUUCAAUUCAGUGAAAAAUUCCAUCAUUUUAGAAGGCAUUUUUGUCCAAAAUUUUUAUUAGAAGUUAACCUUAGAAUAUAUGUGUGGCAACGGAAGUCUGUAAAAUUGAAUUGGCUACAUAAGUGAAGGAUGAUACCUCAGUAAAUGACAGCCUGCAAGUUUAGAUAGAAACCAUGUAUAUAUGUGUUUAUAUGAUAUAUGUAUGAGUGUCAAAACAAAUAAACAGUAUCCAGUGGAUUGUUCUUUGUCACCUCCAUGUCAUGGUUCAGUUGUAGGACAUGAACACCUUUAGGUUACAACUGGCUGUACUGGCAGCGGAAGACUGCUGUGGAGAAGUGGAGUAUUUACUCCUUUGGGACUAUGUCCUGACUAAAGAUCAAGCUUCAUCAAAUUGCCUCUCAGUUCUUUAACUCUUAAAACUGGUUGUUGAUCUUUCUGUCACCCUUGAAUCCGCUGGAUAUUAAGCUGUGUCAAAUGAGGAAGUAAUCUCUAGAAACACCAGGUCUUUAGUGUUCAUGUGGCGAAGAAGUGAUUUUGUGCCCUUCUAACACAGGUGAUCAACUUGAAUGUUGCUGUUAAUAAUCACCCCAUUCAAGGGUGUCAGAGACUGCUACAUGUCAUACUUGAUCUAGACAAAAUGAGAGAAUCCUGGAAAAUGCUGACUUACAGAGUCUUCUCUUACUCCCUUUAGUCCAGUUAGAUCCUUACUUAAACACCCUCAGAAGAAGGCAUGGCAGUGAUGACCUGCUUGUGUCCAUUCCCUGCUUUCUUCCCGCUCCACGGUCUAUUCAAGCCAUAUACCUGGACACCAGGUGGCGGCAUUUGUUUGGGAAACACCAGCAUGUCCCCAUCUCUGGAAUACGUCGGGUGUAUCUUACACAAAAUGUGCUUUCUAGCUCUUCAGCUUCCCACGAGUUUACUGACUGCAUGACUGUGGGCUGUAGAGUCCGGUUAAGCCUUGAGAAUGGCUCUGUGGCAGGCUGCUAAACAAACAGCGAAGUGUGAGAAGCCUUAAAGUCUCAAUUCCGCACAGCUUAUCAAGAAAACGUCUGUGGAGCUCAGGAACUUGGCUAUCACUGUUUCCAGGCUCACGGCGUCUUAGAUAAUCCAGCCUGUUGCAUAGAUGAGACUACAGAUGAAAAGUGUUUAUGUAUUAGCAUAGACAAUCCAUCUGUAAGAAGUUGUGCUCGCAGUGUAUAAUCUUCAGCUCCAUAAACAAGUCUGCAGUAAACUAUUUUCAAUAAUAUUCAGCAUUAAUGAGAUUAUUACGAUCUGACCUUUCUUAAAUGUGUAUCUCCGUCCGUUGAACUAAUUACUCAGUUGACUUAAUUUCUCACUUGCAAGCUUUUAAUUAAGUACUAUAUAAUACAUCUUCAGUAAUAGUAACCUUCCUUCUAAUUCAGGACAAUAUCCCGAUUCAUUGUUAUCCCUUAUUAUGUGUGUUUAUUUUGCUAUGGAUUUUGUUUAUCUUUUAAGCUGCUGGGACAAUUAAAAAAAAUAGUGCAAAGUUCUGUAUGUGCUUUGGCUGAGGUGCUGCACUUAGGUUUAUUGUUAGCAGGGUGUUCUCAUGCAUUUGUGAACUCUCAUGGAAAUACUGAGGCUCCUCAUGAAGCCUCAAAAUGUUAAUUAUGUGAAAUUUCAUCAUUCUGUGUACUGUUUUGUAAUUCUAAAUAUUUAAAAGCUGAAUAUGUACGUGAACACAUUUUUAUUAAUUUGUGAUUCUGCUAAACUAAUGACAUAAUCUUUUUUUAACAUCUUCAUCUGUUGGGUUUGUUUAUGGAUAUGAUAGGUAGUAGUCUGUAUAGGUGGUAGUCCAGUUGGUAGACCGCAAAUGUUUUCCUAUAUAUUAUUAUCACUAACUUUCUAUGCGCAUAAAAGAACUUUUCAUGCUUCUCUAAAACCCUUGGUUACUAAUUUGGAUCUUUUCUCUUGGGUAGUUUUGGCAUCAUCUUCUGAAGCAUUUUUACAGGUUAAUUUUUAAAUGGAAAAGCCUGUGUCAAUCAAUACAGGCAAUGUUCAAAGAGACUUGAUGACCCUGUUUCCAGGGCUUCAGAGUUCACUUCAGGGGCUCUUUUUCUGAAUAACACAAAGUUGGCAUCUGAAAAGUCCCUAUUUUUAAUGCUUUAGUUUAGGUUCUAAAGGGCUUGAAACAAUACUUAGAUUCCUAUUGGCUUUCAUGAAUAAAAAUGUUUCUGCUUAACCUUAAACAGCAGUAGGGAUUUGCUUGGAAGAUAUUUUGGAUGCAUCAUCCAAAGACAUCAGUUACAUUCACUGUUUUGACAGCUUCUCUUGUUUUGUUCAUUUCAGAAUGCAGUAUUUGAGCAUGAUUCAUAACAAAAACUUUGUCUUUAAACUCCAGGAGUCUACCUGCGGAGACUCGACUCUUCAGUAUAGUGCAAAGCUUGCUGAAGAAUGAGCAAAAUCAAGAAGAAAUGAUACUUCACUUCCUUCUGGAUCUCUCUAGUCAGUGUGGUGUCUCAUUUCCCUGUACUCCAAGUGGGACGUCUUUUGAGUUAACAUCUUCCCUUCAUGCUGUUGAGGAUGAUUCAGCUAUGGAUGUGAAGUCUCUCUGGGAUGACGUGAGAUUGCAUCUUCGACGAUUUUUAGUAAAUAGGCUGCAGAGUCAAGAAGAAACAAAUACUAACACUUUACAACCACAAAUGGAGUUUAAAACUCAGUGCAUACAGCAACUUUUGUUUCUUUAUCCCGAAGCAGAAGUCUUAACGAGGUAUCAAAAUAUGCAGAAUAAACUGGUUAGCGAUCUUCUACAGAACUGUAUUUUGUCUAGUUGUGGUGAAACAAAUUUUGAUAAGGUGGUUCAUGGUUACCAAAGUUCCAUACCCACAUUGUGCACAAUGAUAAAAGAGGAUUUGUAUAUACUAAGUGGAACUAUUGAUCCUUCUUCUUCAUUGAAGUUUAUUAAUGAAACCUAUCUGGACACCAUCACUGAAGAAAUGACAGUUCUUCUUGAAAGACUUUGUGAGCUGCAGUUCAAAGAAAAUGCUCUACACAUAGUUAAGGCAAACAAGAUUUCAAAGAAGCAGAGAGGAACAGUUCAUGCUGUGGCCUCCCAAGAAUACCACAAAAAAGGAAGGAACUUCUGCUUAACACUGUAUCAACUCAAAUGUCUUUCUCAACUUACCAAACUCUUUUUACUAAUGGAAGAAAAAAUUGAAGAGCUCUCUGCAGAAAUUCUGUUGGUGCCUUCAUUUACGGAGAAGAAUAAGAAUAUUCAAGGAGUUCUGAAGAAAGCUGGUGGGGAGCUUUUAAUAGGAGAAACUAGAGCAAAUGAAACCAGUGUGCUUCCUGAACAGUUACUUCAGGUAGAAGAGCCUAUUUUUCUGAAUUUUGGAUGGAGAAAUGCAUUUAAAGACCUGUCUUCUUCUGUGGCUCACUGUAUAACAAUAGCGAUUGAGGAUUUUUCAACUAAAAUUCUUCAACACGAGCAGAAAGAAGAGUGUUCGGCUGCAGGCUAUGCAAUGAGUCUUGUAAACAACCAGCAAAUGAGGGAGUCCUGCGGAGCAGUCCAACAUGAGGAGCAACCAAAACGAAUUGCUAAGUUUUGUUCUGACAUCAUGGAAGAACUUGACACAUUGCUUCCAUUGGCUCUGGCAUGCAGAGAUGAUUCUCUUCAGGAAAUUAGAGCAAACUUUUUAGAGGCCUGCAGCAAAGUGGCAACAGCUGUCCUGGCAAGGCUGGAGGAGAAAAGCAAAGAUGUUCCCUCCAAGGCUCCCCUGCAAGACUUGUAUGCUGCCCUUUCCACAGCGAUAUAUGUCUUUCAGCAUUUUACAAUGUAUAGCAAUUUAAUGAGAGAAACGAUCAAAAAACCCCUGUUCCUAGUGCCUGUGCAACAAUAUCAGGAAUUCAUCAACGUUCUCCAGUUUCAAGUUACGAACUACUGCGUCAGAGUUUGUGCUACAAGCAUUUUACAGGAUGCUGAGAGCCACCACUGGGAUGACUACAAAGCUUUUUAUGAGGGGGAAAGAUGCUCAUUCUCUGUCCAGAUGUGGCAUUACUUCUGCUGUGCUCUUCAUCAUGACCUGUGGACUAUUCUACCUCCCAAGACAGCCCAGGAGAUUCUUACAGAUGUACUAGAGGAAUCUUUGUCUAUGCUCUCCUCCAGAUAUUGUCAGGCCUGUCCCAGUUAUAAGAGAACACCACAAAUCAGAAUUGACAUUGCAGCAAUUUUGAUGUCCACUGAAGAAAUGCUUUGGUCAGUUUGCAGCUCUGUACAGCAGUUUCUGAAUCCACGUGAAGACAGAGAUCUGAAGAUCUAUAAAAUACAUAGCCACUGCAAUAGUCUGCUCUCCGUCUUGGCUAUUUUAACUUCACCACUGAAGAACUUGUAUGAGACUUUUCUGAACAAUUCCGAAGAACGUCUUCCUCAAGAUUUUUCAAAAGUCUGUUAUCAUCCAUUACACUGGUUAUUUUACAUACCAUCAUCCUGUUCUUCCUUACUGAAGACUCCAUCAGCCAGAGAAAUGGCAGCCCAGGGUCAGCUGAAACUGCUCUUAUCCCAGCCAUACUGUAAUUUGAACUUGCUUUUGGAAACAUUGCUACAUCGUGAUUGCCUCUUAGUGAAAAUUUUACUGAGGAGUUCAAGAAAUGGAGUAUUGAAUCAUGAUGAACAAUGUUCUCUCUUAGAACAGAUAAAUAACAAACAGCCUACUCUGAUUGAAACAAUCUUCACAGUAUUGUCUUACUGCACUUUAUCACCCAAAUCUCUUGGCAUUGCUUUUGAGACGUACAUGGAAAAAGAGCAGCUGUGGAAUUGCUUAUGCAAUAUGACAGUUUCCAGUUGUGGUGAGUCGGAGCCAGAGGUUAUCAGAUGUUUGAAGUUGACUUUGAUUAAUUCAGUCAAGGGUAUAGUGAAGCAGAUAAUUUCUUUGAUGCAUUCAUGGGAGGCAACAGAAAACUAUGGAACGUACCAGCACAAGCAAAUAGUUCCUGAAAGUUUACUGAAAACAGUUCCAAAGGAAUGGAAUUAUACUCCUCGGGAAAUGAAGAGAAAAGAAUCUGGGAAAUGCUUCACAAGGCUUGCAGCUCAGGCAGUAUCUAUUGUAAUCAGCAAGUUACCUACAGUGAUUGCAUGUUUGCCUCCCCCAAUUAAGUACUUCUUUUUUCUGGCUGAGAGAAAAAUGUCAAGAAACUUUGCUGAAUUGAAGAAAGCUGGUCUGCUUGUCUGGAACUUGAUUGUAAUUAUAUGUCGGAUAUUUGAGGAUGGAAAUUCUGCAGAACUUUUAACAGGUGCAACACUUGACAGAUGGAGCAAAGAAAAACUCAGUUUAGUUCGUGUGUGCUUAGAAAGUAUUAUGGGAAAACAGAAAAGUGGUCCUAAGCAAGUGACCCAGAAGGUUAUACAAAGCAUUGAACAGCAAAGACCAAACUGGAUUGAAAGCCAGUUGCUGAAGGCAAGAAAAUUGAGCACAGACUGUGCCUCAGUCACAGUAGAAGGUGCAACGUUAGAGGAAGGAGGUACUGCACUUGGAUUCACUGAGCAGAAAAUAAACAUGAUGGUCCUGGAUAUCUGCCACAAACCAGGUGGCAGCGAGUACCUGAGGCAAAUUUAUCACAUCAUCCGGCUCAAUGAGGAAUAUCUGAAACAGCAGCUGUCUUGUGAGAAUUCUUCUGAAGAUGGCGUCAGCUCCAGUCAGUGCCUGCCUUUGGCACUGAAGGGCAAAGAAGAGCAGCCUGUCUUCAACCCUUUCCAGGUCUACAGACAAUCUUGUGCAAGAGUGUUCGAUCAGUCAACCAUUACUGAAUGGAACUGGGAUUGGUCAAACUUGCUGCCAAGUUAUUUGGGACUGAAUCAGAUGACCUUCAGGGUGCUGCUGGCACACAGGUGGGAGAUGAAAGAAGGUGCAGAUCUUGAAGACGAGGAGAAAGUUAUGGUGGAACACUUUAAAAAUGUUUAUUUGACACAGAGCACUCCUACCUCAGAGGAUAAAGAAGAAUAAUUACCUUGACAGGUUUCGGGUAGCACCUUUUUUCUGAAUUCAACAUGAUUAACUUAAUGGCUUAGUUAUAAGUGACAGGACUAGAAAGCUCAGGAAUAUAUAUCUUGAGUAGGAGUUUUAAGCUAAAGAACGUUCCCCUGUUAUUGUCUAGUCACCCCAUCCAGGCAGCAAUUGUUCACACAUGCAUAAGGCGAGCAACAGUAUGUGAAAAUGUCAAUGUCUCAAACCAAGGAGGGUGUAUCUCGGUACUGCGGAGGCACAUACCUCAAUGCCAGACCAAGAACGGUUUCAGAAGUAUAAAACUCUCUCUGAAAAUAAAGCCACUUCGGACACGUGCUGUGCUAUGCUUCCAUCGACCCCUUCGGAGUCAAGUCAGCCCACCCCCGGCUAGUGUCACCCAAGGACCUUUUCUCUCCCUUGGUGCUUGUGUUCUUGUUAGUCCUGCCAUUAAAUCACGCAAAAUGUAUGAAAAAGAACAGGUAUAGGCCAUAGGUCCACAGUCCUUUGUGAGUUUCUCUGGGAUGAGCAUGCCUGGCCAUUAUUCCCACGUAAAAGUGCGUCGGCUUUAUUGGCUUCACAAAUCCUAACUUAACAUGCAGUGUAUGUUAUGGCUUAAAAGACACAUUAUAGGGAAACUUGUUAGCAGCUUUUAAAGUUUUGAGAAGCAUCUUUUUAUUGAAAAGAAUUGUUCACAGGCAUUGCUCAAAGGACUAUCUUAACAGUGAACUGAGAAGUGAAAUGAUAAAGAAUGUAAUAUUUAUUUCUGAUAGAGUAAAAUUUCAUUUUCAAAGUAA